UAUCAUCUGCUUGCAAUGACUUUUGAUGAGGAAAUACCUGCACGAGGACACAAAGUCGCAGGCCACGACGAUGACGCCAGUUAACCAACAGAGAACAUUUCAUGAGAGCAGUCUUUUGGAGUCCACUUCCCUUUUUGCUCCAAACAAAAGGUUCAAGCGUUCAAGCGGGCGUGCAUUAACCGUUCCGCUCGCUGCUACAGCAUCACACUCAGCAUGGGGAACUUGGCAGCCAACGAGGGACUCUCCAUCUUUGUCAUUCUUGUUUGGCUUGGGAUUAACGCCUUCCUCUUCGUCCACUUCUACAUGGCCUUUCUAGUCGACAAGUGGUUCUACACACGUGUGCUGCUCGGGCAUGCUCUGUCAUGGGCUCGAGCUCCUGCCGCCUGCCUCAACUUCAACUGCAUGCUCAUCUUGCUGCCCGUCUGUAGGAAUCUACUUUCCUUCCUGCGUGGCUCCAUCCAGUUCUGCAGCCGCACAGCUGCUCGCCAACUGGACCGGAACAUCACUUUCCACAAGCUCGUGGCUUAUAUGAUCGCCUUUCACACAGCCGUGCAUAUCAUUGCACACUUGUUCAACUUUGAGUAUUUCAUGGAUGCUCAGCUAAACCGCAACAGCAGCUUCCUGCCCUUUGUCCUGUCGAAAAUUGGCAAUGGUGACAAUGUGUCCUUCCUCAACCCCAUCAGGUCCAAUGAAACGAACCCGACCAUCGUCAUGUGUACAACCAUCGCUGGUGUGACAGGCGUGGUCAUCACACUAGCCCUCAUCCUCAUCAUCACUUCUUCAAUGGAAGUCAUCCGAAGGUCAUACUUUGAGGUGUUCUGGUACACGCAUCACCUUUUCGUCCUGUUCUUCAUCGGACUGGUGUUCCACGGCUUUGGGAGGAUUGUACGAGGACAGACGGCCGACAGCCUGAACACAAAUGACCCACGGGUCUGUGCCGACAGGUUUGAUGACUGGGGAAGAAACGGGUCGGGCUGUGCGGUUCCAGAGUUUGCUGGCAACCCACCAAUGACCUGGAAGUGGAUUGUGGGACCCAUGAUCCUCUAUGUAUGCGAGAGGCUCAUUCGGAUCUAUCGAUCCCACCAGAAAGUGGUGAUCACCAAGGUGGUGAUGCAUCCUUCCAAAACUCUGGAGUUGCAGAUGAAGAAGAAAGGUUUUCGCAUGGAGGUUGGUCAGUACGUCUUCAUCCAAUGUCCAUCUGUCUCCAGACUGGAAUGGCACCCCUUUACCAUGACCUCAGCCCCAGAGGAGGACUACUUCAGUGUCCACAUUCGUAUUGUUGGGGACUGGACUCAGGCUUUGUAUGAAGCCUGCGGGGGAGACAAAACUGAGCCUCAGGAGGCCUGGAAACUGCCCAAGGUGGCCAUCGACGGGCCAUUUGGCACUGCCAGUGAGGACGUGUUUCGGUAUGAAGUAGUCAUGCUCGUAGGGGCGGGAAUCGGCGUGACGCCUUUUGCAUCCAUCCUCAAGUCCGUGUGGUACAAACGCAUCCAGGACAACCAGGACGUCUUCACCAAGAAGAUCUACUUCUACUGGCUGUGCCCGGAGACGCAGGCUUUUGAGUGGUUUGCCGACCUCCUGCAGUCGCUGGAGGGACAGAUGGCUGAGAAGAACGUGACGGACUUCCUGAGCUACAACAUCUACCUCACCCGCUGGAAGGAGGCUGAGGCGGCCCACUUCUGGGUGCACCACGAGGCGGAGAACGACCCAAUCACAGGGCUCAAGCAGAAGACUCUUUACGGGAAGCCUAACUGGGACACUGAGUUCACCAGCAUUGCGUCCAAGCACCCUGGAACCAAAGUUGGAGUCUUCCUGUGUGGGCCGCCACAACUGGGCAAGUCGCUGGAGAAGCAGUGUUUGUCGCACUCAGAAGCUGACGUCAAGUUCAUCUUUAACAAAGAAAACUUUUAACCCGGCAACCAACACAGAAACCUUCCCACUGAUCCGAUCGACCUUAUUUUUAGACUUUUACAAAGACCGAGAAUUUCAACUGGAAGACUGACAUCUGCAUCCCACCAGAAGUUUUGCAAAAGUGCCGCUGUUGCACAAAAGCGGAGAAAUGAACUCUGUGGUACUUUCCACAUUGACGUUGUUCUGCUUUAGCGGUGCAUCAAAAGUUGGUUUCACAACCUUGCUUCUGUUUUUUUCUCUUUUUUUCAGUGAAUUGCCGAUCCACUCUCAUGGGCAUUUAUAAAUCACAAUGUCAAACAGGAAAACAUUCACUUCUUCAUUUCAGGUCUUGAUGUUCCAGAACUAAUAGAUUUGAUGAAGAAGACCUAUAUUAUUGGCAUCAUUUUGGAAACAUUGGAGACCUCGAACUGGGGCCUCCAAACUUUUACCACAGAGGGCUGGAUACCUAAAAAAUUGACAUUUUGUGCAUUAAAGAUGCUAAAACCAAUUUAAUGUACUUUUUGCUGUAGGUAAGGUAAACAUAUGCUAAGCUAUCUGAACAUACAACCGACAUCUUAGCUUUGGGUUUCAGGUGACAAAGCACCUUUGCGUAAUAUCUAAUCACACAUGUUAUUAAAAAUGAAUUCAUUUAAUUCUUACAAUAUGCCAAGGGCCAAAACAAAACAAAACAAAACGGAAAAAAAAACACACACACACAGCUGCAGGCCGAAAACGGCUCCUGGGCAACAACUGGUUGUUUCACUUCUGCACAUCACUUCCACACAUAUUUCUUGAUGCCUUAGUUUUCAUCUUUGCUAGUCAUAUGCCUUCUAUAUUACUACUGUAUUAAGUUAUGAUUUUUCUAAAUUCCCAUAAAAACUGCUAUGCCUAAACCAGAGGUGCUCAAAGCGCGACCCUCACUUGUGUACCUACAGGUGUAUGCACUGGCCCUCUGCAUAUUGUACAAAUCAGAUAGCUUAGCAUAUAGUGACCUACAUUAGAAUGGUUUUCGUACCUUUAUAGCAUCUGUUAUAAAAGAAAAUGCAACAAAGCGGCCCCAAGCGUCCUUCAAUUUUUCUUGUUGGAAAAAAUGUGGCCACCCCUGAUCUAAGAAAAUUGUCUUAAGCUCAACAAUGUAUGUGGUGCCUGUGCAGACAUGAUUUUCCAGGAAGUAUAAAACUUGAAUUGUAAAAACAUUUGCUACAGUCACUGCCGAAACAUUUAGCCAUGACUGUACAGUUGCGGGCAAAUGUUAUGAGAGUGAAGUUCAUGGUUUCAAUAAGUAUUUUUUAAAGAAAACAUUUUACGUGUCUGUUAUAUACUGAAAUUCUGUGGGGAUCACAGGAACGAAGCAGCGAAGUUAUGAAGCAACUGUACACUCAAAGCUGCUGUACAUCACGGUUAGGUGGCUGCCUAAAGGCGCUAACUUUCGAACGUGCUUCAAGCAUUAUAUCCCGCCCACUUCCUGCUCCGAGCAUGUACGACAGUGAUCCCCAAACCCCGGGCCGCGGCCUGGUACCGGGCCGCACAGAAAGAAAAUAUAAUUUCCAUUAUUUUUUUUGGAUGUUUUAUUUUGAAAAGUGGCCGGAUUCUCUCUGUUACAUCCGUCUCACUUGACAUAUGUCCAUUGUGCGUGUGCUAACUUUCUCUCUGUACUUUCUACUGUAUUUUUAUCAUUUUUCUUUCACCUCAUAUUUGGUGUGAAAUGCUGAUACUAUGUGGGAAUGCAUAAAGGUAAGUUUUGAUGACUUAUUGAGUGCUAAUGUGCACAUUUGUCUCAAGUUAAUUCAUGCUAGCACACUGCCUUUUACCACACAUGUCAAACAGCCAUGUAAUAAUCUCUCUGGAAAAACUCCAGGCUUGAACUGGUGGAUGGUGGGUCGGCAUUCAUUUUGUGCUUUUGAUGUCAUUCAUGUCUUACGUAGUUUUACACAAUACACAAUAAAUAAGAUAAAUUAGAUUGCUAAUUUUCCAAAAUUUAAUUUAUUUUCUCAUAUUAUGACUUUA